AUGUUCUCCCUGUCCCGCGGGACAGCGCACCAGUGCCAGCCCUGUCCCCCAGGUAAACUCUGCAGUGACCCGGGUAUAACAAACGCAGAUACACCCUGCCCCCAGGGCUCAUACUGUCCCCCAGGAGACAGAGCCAACCAAACAGCAACCGCCGUCACCACAUGCCCUGCUGGCUACUACUGCCCAGAAGGCAGCGUUGAACCCAUACCCUGUCCACCGGGCAAGCUGUGCCCGACAUCGGGUCUGUCUACAGCAGACAUGCAGUGUCCUGGUGGUGUGUUGUGUGGGGCGGGAUCGUCUUCUCUGGAGACGGCUACUCCCUGUCCCGUGGGGUAUGUGUGUGGGGCGGGGGCGGUGUUCCCCGUGCCCUGCCCCCGGGGUACCUACGGCUCUCAGGCUGGGUACGGGUCCUCAGUACAGUGUAGACCCUGCCCCGGGGGCCAGUACUGUGACGGCAGCACAGCGGGAGAGAUAACAGGCGCAUGCAUGGCUGGCUACUACUGCGAAGAGGGAUCGACGUCUCCCCGUGGGGCCCUCUGCCCCAAGGGCAAGGUUUGUCCCCCCCAGUCUUCUGCCCCCCAAGACUGUCCCCCCGGCUACUCUACCUUUGCUGCGGGGGCCUCCACAUGCUCGCGCUGCGUAGCAGGCACCAGCUGUACUGGGGGGGACGUGGGCCCCUGUCCCGCGGGCUCUUACUGUGACGGAGAGAACAACGCCCAGCUCUGCCCCCCGGGAAAAUAUAUGCCUUUUGAGGGGGCCACCAACGCAGACGCUUGUCUCCCCUGCCCUGAAGGCACUGUACGCCUGCACCGCUCCGGGCGCGAGCUGAGUGCAUGCGAUCCCUGCCCCGAGGGAUCGUACUGUCCCAGCCCCGGCCUGACGCGGGAGGUGGGCAAGUGCUCUGUGGGGUUCUAUUGCCCCGAAGGCUCUACGGAGAUAGCCGGGAACAUUUGCCCCGCAGGCUCGCGCUGUGGCAGUGGAGAGGCGGAGCCCCAAGCAUGUCAAGCUGGAGCCAGAGGCCCCGCUGUGCUUUCUGUGUUCGAGUUUAGUGCUGCAGUCAUACGCCCAGAGGGAGUCCCAACCAGUGCAGCAGCAGCAGCAGCAGUGGCAGCAGCAGCAGCAGCAGCAGCAGUGGUAGCAGCAGCAGCAGCAGCAGUGGUAGCAGCAGCAGCAGCAGCAGUAGCAGUGGAAGCAGCAGAAACAGCAGGAUUUCAGUUUGUUGUACAGAGUCUCUGCAUGCGCAGACUCUAG